CAACCCAAAUGUCCUACAGGUCAACACAUUUCAUGUCAUUGAAUUGCUCUGCCAGCGACGAAAGUUCCCAGCUGCAGCCAUCUAUCGUCGUUUUCAUUUGCUCUCGCCGCCGGUUUAUCUUCUGUUAGGAUGGCGUUUACUUUGCCACAUCCCUCUUCUCGUUUGUUUGCAUUUUGACCCGAUUGCCCUCCUCUUCAAAGUAGAAUCUGGGUUUCGAUCAAUUCCUCGGUUUCUGCUAUUACUGGAUCGGAUCGAUUUGGCACGUAUAUGGAUGGGUUCGUGAAAGAGGGAGAGCUUUUGGCUUGCGUGUCCUGUUUCUCUCAUAUCUUUAUAGGAGAUUCUUUCGCCCAAAUGCAUGAAUUGAUCAUGGACAUAGAUGUAGAUUUGGCGUAGAUGCUGUGGAAAUUGAAUUGAGGCGUCAAGCGGUCGGCACAUGUCCCACAGGCUUUAAUUAUCGUUCCUCUGCGUCGUUACUACGGUGGUGGAGUAAGAUUCAAUCAGUUUUUAUCGCAUCUUCCAUAUCAUGUCUGAGGCAAAGCGACCUACUUCUGCCUCCACGCGAAUAAUCACCACAACCCUCCUCGACUCCAUCAUUAUCCUCUUCAGGAACAAACGGAUAUUCCUGUCAAUCUUCACGUUUCUCACCCUCCCUCUCUCGGCCCUUCACUUCUGCCUGACCCUUUUGUCCUUGCAUCUCAAAGACCAUGUCUUCCAUUUAGAAGCCCUUGCAAAUGUCGUGCAUACACGGUUUGAGGCUAGGCAGAUCUGGCAAGAAUCCCGGGAAGAUGCUGUCUCACUUUUACGUCUCAAGUCCCGAUUUUUCAUCCCCUCCUUCAUCCUCUCCUGCAUCUCCUGCAUAACCGCUACCACGUCCAGCUCUGUAUCAUAUCAUGGUCAGAACCCGUCUCUUAGGACUGCUUCUGCCUCUGUCAAGUCCUCCUGGAUGCGUGUCACCGUCACCUCCAUCACUAUAUACACACUGCUCUUCCUCUACUCUGCAAUCCCGUUGUUCCUAUCAGCUUUCUUCCAUUCCAUGCCGGCCUUGCGUUUCCCGUUCAUGGUUCUCAGUCUUUGCGUUGAGGUCUAUAUGAUGGCAGUAACAGGGCUAGGACUUACUGCCUCGGCAUUGGAAGAGCAAUAUGGUUUGGACGCCGUCUGGGUUGGUUCGUCGUUGAUGAAAGGGAGAAGGGUGUCUGGAUUGGCAUUGUCGGGUGGGUUUGUGUUUCUGUCAAGUUUAAUGGGGAAUGCGAUGGAGAAGAGAGCAAGGGCUGUACAAGUGGCAGAGGCAGAGUCGUGGUGGGGGGCAAUGGCAGCUGGCGGCUGGGAUGGGGCGGGGCUGGUGCUCUUAUAUGCAGCUGAAGUGUUGAUUGGUUAUGUCGUUACUACCGUUUUCUACUGCGAGUGUAAGAGACGCCAUGAGAACAGAGAUGAAGAUGUUGUCCUUGUUGAUCUCUGAUCGAUUUCCGUUUUUGAUUUCUUUCCAUCUGUGUCGGGUGUUUGUAUUCUUCGUUGUAGGCCAAGAAAUGAUAGCAAGUCUGAUA